AUGUUGAACCCUCAAGCUCAAACUGAUCGCCUAGUUUGUCUCACGGAAAAUGUUAUUGAAGAGAAAAAGAAGAAGUUUCGAGGCAUCGUCAAAGUGCCGAUUGAGGACCUCGUCUUUGCACCCGACUUCACGCCUUGGGAUUACAAUAUUAGUGCUGCGAAGGUCUCUCGGCUCGAGAGAAUCUUUAAGAAUGAAGGUUGCAACCGAAGCGAGCCUUCUAAUUUCAUUCUGGGGACUAUAUCAGAACAUAUCUUAUCAGAGGCCCUUGAUUUAUCGAAGCUAACUACUGCGGACCUUCAAAGUAGAAAGGACCCGCCUAUGCUCUAUCUUCCCCGAUUUCAAUAUAUACGAUGUGCUAAUGGCAGGAGCCGGGCAAACGCUCUCUCUGCUACACCCCAGCUUGGAAGUUGGUGGACCGUUGAGCUCUACACUGGUAAGGAGCUCCUACUGGUAUAA